UUAUCCUUUCCAACAAUACCCCAAACCAAACGCCCCAACUUUAUCUUAGUACAACAAUAAAGACUUCCUCUAAAAAAAAAAAUUAAAAAAAAUAUAGACAUUCUGGGGGAAGACAGAGUUACAGAAUCAGUGGGGGUUAGACGGGAAGGAGGAGGAGAGAGAUGACGGAACCUGGCGGUGGAGACACACCCUGUUGUGGGACAAAUUUUUGGGUGUAUGUACUCAUAAGUAUUGGUUUAGUUGUUUUUGCUGGCGUUAUGGCUGGUUUAACCCUCGGACUCAUGUCUUUGGCCCUUGUUGACCUCGAAGUCCUCAUCAAGUCCGGCCGUCCUCAGGAUCGUAUCCACGCUUCUAAAAUAUUUCCAGUGGUUAAGAAUCAACAUCUUUUGCUCUGUACUCUUCUCAUUGGAAACUCUUUGGCAAUGGAGGCUCUUCCCAUAUUUUUAGAUAAACUUGUCCCGCCUUGGGCUGCGAUCCUGAUAUCAGUAACUCUGAUUCUUAUGUUUGGUGAGAUAUUGCCGCAAGCAAUUUGCACACGCUAUGGGUUAGUGGUUGGAGCGACAAUGGCUCCCCUUGUUCGAGUUUUGCUUUGGAUCUUUUACCCCAUUUCUUAUCCAAUUAGUAAGGUUCUAGACUGGAUGUUGGGCAAGGGACAAAGCGCACUUCUACGAAGAGCUGAACUAAAAACUUUUGUUAAUUUCCAUGGAAAUGAGGCUGGAAAAGGUGGGGAUUUAACACAUGAUGAGACUACUAUCAUAACUGGUGCACUUGAACUGACCGAGAAGACUGCAAAGGAUGCCAUGACCUUGAUAUCGAAGGCAUUUUCCCUUGAUCUGGAUGCAACUCUUGAUUUGGAUACACUCAAUGCGAUUAUGGCAAUGGGACAUAGUAGAGUUCCUGUUUAUUAUCAAAACCCCAUGAAUAUAAUUGGAUUAAUCCUGGUUAAAAAUCUUUUAGCAGUUGACCCUGAUGAAGGAAUGCCUCUAAGAAAGAUGAUCAUUAGAAAAAUACCCAGGGUUCCUGAAAGUAUGCCACUAUAUGAUAUCCUGAAUGAGUUUCAGAAGGGUCACAGUCACAUUGCUGUCGUUUACAAGGAUCUGAAUCAGAUGAAUGGAAGGCCUGUAGAUGAGCAUGGUAGUUCAGAUACUGGUGUAGCUCGGAAGCUGCAGGCAAAUGAUGCUCAGGCACUUACAAACAAUAACAUAGGUCAACAGGUCAAGAAAGCUCCUGGUACUACAACCUUUAAACGACAUAGAGGUUGCUCUUUCUGUAUAUUAGAUGUUGAGAACGUUCCAAUUCCUGAAUUUCCACCUAAUCAAGUCGUGGUUGGUGUGAUUUCCAUGGAAGACGUAAUUGAAGAACUACUCAAGGAGGAAAUUUUGGACGAAACUGAUGAAUAUGUAAACAUCCACAACAGGAUAAAAGUCAACAUGAAUGCAUCAUAUGAGAAGCUUCCUGCCAUAAGUUCUUUACAAUCAUCUUGACAUACCUCAUCCACUGAUUGUACAAAUGGUGCUGUUACAACAGUACGAUCUGCUCACUGGCUUGAAUAGCACUUCUUAAUCAGGCUGUCUGAGGUGAGGGCUAAAGCUUCCAAGGGGUAUGUGUCCGAGGAAAGAGAAUAUUAUAGUUUAUUUACUACUGGUAAAUAUAGUGGUUGAUAUUUUUUCUGGUGCUGCAUGAUAUAAUAUUUUGCUCCAAAUCUUUUAAGACGAUGAGAUGCUGCAGUGUAAUGCAACUGAUUGUAUAUACGCCUUCUUUUGGACAAUUGCACUAUAAAUUCAAUUACUUAUUGAUAUAGCUUUAACGAAA